ACCCUGACUUGUACAGCCAGUAAUAUUGGGCGACCACCAGGCAUCAUGAAGUGGUACAAAGGCUCUCAAGAAAUCACCACUGGAUUUACUCAGCAGACAAGUAUCAAUAGUGAUGGUUGUACCUAUAAUGGAGUUAGUAUUCUUAGUAUUACCCCGACAUACCUGGAUAAUGGAGUUAGGUAUACAUGUUAUGUUGAGCCAAACCCUGCAGUGAUUGGAGACUCUUCAAAGCAAGGAAGGUAUACACUGGAUGUACAAUACCCAGUGCCACAGGUGCCAACGGUGACAUCAUCCACUGGUACAUUUACAGUUGAGCAGGGAACAACUUUUACUCUCAACUGUCAGGCAAGUGGCAAUCCAAGUCCAAGCUAUGUGUGGACCAGUCCAGAUAAUACCAACACCACUGGCUCUCAGCUUGUGCUGACACUGUCCACUACUGGACCUUAUGUGUAUACUUGCUUUGCCACCAACAGUUUGACGACAUCACCAUUGCCAACACGUGUCACAGUGACAGUACAAGAGAAAACUACCACAACAAAAACAACAACAACAUCCACGACAACAUCAACGACAACAUCAACGACACCAGUAGCAGUAGCAUCGUCAACAACAGAAUUACUUACAUGUACAGGAGGCGAGGGUCUACAUAGCACAGGCGUGUUGGCUGGCGCAGUUGUGGCAGCAGUUGUGAUAACAUUUGGGGUCGCGGUUGCUUUAUUUGUCCUUUAUCAUGUGAGUAGAAAAAAAUUACAGUUUUAUUUUUUCCACUUUAGUUUUCUGACAAGAAUAUAA